AUGCGGCGACAAACACUGAGUCCGUCCGAGUGGAUCACGUCUCCUCAUGCCCCUCCCACCCUUCUUUUUCGCCUUGCCUUCGACUUAUCAGGCCAGUACCAUGCUAGCCGUUCGAGAAGAUGCCUUAUGGUCAAGGAAGGCCUAGUUGCUAGCCCUGAUGCCGUACGAGAUGUCUUGCCUUACGCUGAGCCGCAACUCAAGAACGUCAACAUGGUUUCUAAGGCUAUCCUUACCUUUGCCAUGGCGGCAUGCGCCGCCCAAGCUGCAUCUCUCGCGAAGCGCGACUCCGGGACCUUGUUCGCCACUGAAACCACCAUUUACGAUGUUGGAGUCGGCUCGGCCAUCUGCAGCCGCGAUGGCGUAGUCCAAAUCUACAAGUCUGAUAUCGACGAGGGCCGGGACAAGACCGCCCUCUUGACUUUUGAUAUUCCCGAGUCACUCGCCGGCCACACGUGCAAGUUGGGCUUCACUCUUGGCAACGGCUUUAGCGACGGCCAGUCAAACAACCUCCAGCUCUUUACCAGCCUCGAGGCCUCCCCUGCCUGCGCCAUACCCGACGGUUACAUUGCGAGCUACCCGCCCGGCAACUGGCGAGGCAUCAACAUUGGCGACAUCGCCAUCGGCGACCCCACCAGCACCAUUACCGCCUAUGGAGACUCUCUCUUGAAGGGUGGAGACUGCCCCGCGGGCCAAACCCUCGCCUUCGAGCUGGUUGGCCAGGGCCAGGACGUUUGGGUAGGGUUGAGUACGAAGGAAGAAGGCCUUUACAUCGAAUACAGCUAA